GAGAAGUUUAAUACGAUGGCGGCUUUUUUAGGAGUGUCUGUUAGAAAUGCGACGACUUGUGCGGUGGACGUGAAAUCAAUUUGAAGAAUUUGUUGUGGCACAGACUGUCAUCACUCUGUAUCAGCACAACUCAAGAUGGCCGAUUCAUCGACAGCAAAUAGCAAACUUGAGCUGAGGCAAAAGUUGGAGAACAUGAAGAAGGCAUAUGCCCAGACUCUUCGCAAAGUACAGAAAUCUGAGAAGGCCAAGAGAACUCGAUCCCAUGUGCAGCGAGUCAUUGCAGAGCAAAGCCAUGUCAUUAGCAAUGAUGCAUCCCCUUCAUGUACACAUAGACUAAGUAGAAGAAUCUGUGGUGAUGGAGAUGUAACUGGAAGACCUGAAAAAUUGUCAUCUUCAGAAACUGGAACAGCAUCUGAAGAACGAGUUAUUAACGUAGCAGUCAACAAGGAUGAAGGUUCCAAGUCCACAAUGGCUACAAAACGGAUGCAGAGAAAGCGACGCAGUGUCUCUUUCAGCAUUCCCAAAGAGAAUGCAUCCACGAGGACUCCCAUUGUUGACGCUCGGGUGGGGGACACAGAUAGCCAUCUUGGAAGUUCCGAGGUUCAGGACAAGCAACAGUCCAAGAAAAUAGCAGCUGAAAUUUCUCAAAAUGAACAUGUUGUCAGGGCAUCAUCAUCGUCAGUGCUCUCUGAUGGCAAGGCUAGAGACAUGAGUCGGCUUGAUGAGAAAGUUACAUUGGUUGUUCCGGAAUCCCAGUUCACAGAACCCUUAGACGAAAGUUUAAGUGAAAGAAACUGCACUCCUGCAACAACUCCUCGGGAUUUACCAGUUCUUGGUGGUUUUCAAGGGAAUGUCAUUCCAAGUGGAAAUGGCAACCUGAACAGUCCUCAAUCUGACAUCCACUUGCCAAAAUCUGCUUCUCUGGGUCCGAACAAAAUGAGACCAAGUGACCAAUCGCAUCCAGCCAAUGCCCAAUCACUCUCGGGAGAUAACAGCAAGACCAAAGAUGAACAGAAACGGUCCCCAAAUUCUUGUCAAAGUUCCUCCAAGGUUAGAACCAGGAGAGCCAAUGGGAACAGCAGGAGGCGUUCCAGGGUGCCUCGUGAGCUGACUGCCGCCGACAUCAGCUUCAAGGAGGUGGUGGAGUGUCAGAGCACGGAGGAAGGCAGUCACACGUGGAUCGAGGGAAUGAUGUAUCCAGCGGAGUACUACGUCAGGCGCACCAGGAGCAUGACUUCCAGUCAGUGCUCCCAGAGUCAGAGUAACCUCGACGUAGCUGACUCUCAGAGAUACUGGGAUAAAGACCCAAGAAUGAGAGCUAAGGGAAAGGGUUCUUCAACUGGAAUCUCUGGAUCAUAUAAGGAUUCCAUGUCACAAGGGACUGGUACUCUUCCAUCAGGUGUAAAUUCUCUGACAGAAGCUAGUGAAUCUGUUUCCAGGACUGAUUCAGACUCUAUGAAGUCCCAGUUAUCACAGUCGCUGUUGAAAGCUUACCCUGGCCAGUCAGCGCAGAAGUGCACUGACAAAAACGUGAGUGGUAGCGUGAAACCAACCAAGACCUCAAGAAACCAAAGACUACAGAGAAAACGUGGUGCGACGUCUGUGUUGUGGACUGAUACCAAGGCAAAAUCAAGUAUUCAAACUGACUCUGUGGUUAAAUCAGUUGGUGAGUUUCCUGCUGGCCAACUGCUUCUGACUGUUGCAAAUGUCAAGUUACCUCAAACUGAAUUUGCGCUACCAGAGGAGGACUACGGAGCAUUGAAGAUGGUCAAAUUGCAACGUGGCCCAUCUUUAGACAUCUCAUCACGUACUUUAGACUCCAAAGGUCAACUAGAAGGCAUACCAGACCAUCUUGUGGAGAGUCAGUCCACUUGCUUGGUACCUGUGGUCAAAGAUGUUGCGAAGACUGACCACCAGGGAGUUAUUCAACAAGAGAAUUCAGAUAGCGAGUCCUGCUCAGCCCUGCCACUCGCAAAGGCUCUGAAUUGUUUGGAAACAAUGGAAGCGCCUAUCCACUUUUCAAGUCCAGGUUCCAUGGAUAGUGGCAAAGAUGAAGCAACUGUUCCCUCCAAAAUGACAGCAUCAAGUAAAGAAGCCUUGCAAUCAGGAAUGAGUCAGUGUAAGGAAAUUGCUACCUCUAGAAAUGCAAAUCCUGCCAAAGAUGGUUCUUCUGCAAGCCGUUAUAAGAAUGUAGGUAGCGAUAUUGUCGGGAGACAAACUGCAAAACCUCAGGGCAGGGGCGUUCUAGAGAGCCAACUUUCACCGACACAAAACAAGGAAGACCGUGGCAUGGCAUUCCCCGAUCCUGGCUGCACCCCGGGAUGGUCCCCUACUUGCAGUCCAGGCGUUGGGCAUGAGGUGACUGGGCCUGGAGAUCUGCCACUUUCAUCUCGAGACAAAACAGGCUCCCGAAGAUGUCAGAAUGAAGAUGAGCUCAAAGGUCUCAUGUCCAAAGAAAAUGUAAACAUUAAGCCAAAAACUGCUUCCAUUGACGAUGUUUCAAAAUGCAACAAUUCCCCCCUGUCUGGCCCAAAAAAUUGUGGCUCACAUCUGCCUAAUACUUCUCCUCCUCAAAGCUCCAAAGUCAACAAUCAAUGCAGUUCUUGUGGAAAUGUAAGGCAGUCUUCUUUAUCUGCUUCUCCAACCUUGCCUGGACCUUCUUGUCAGGAUGAUACUUCCAAAAGUACAAGCAGACUACAAACAGUUCGCAGAAAUCCUGCAGCAGAGCCUUCAACAGUUGACGUGAAUGCAGUGGAUGGUAACGUCACACCGCCUAAUGCAAUCCAACGCGUCCCUGUCGAUCCAAGAGGCAACAUCAAACAGAUAUCCCCCUUUGCGGGCGUGGCCACAGGAACGCCUCCAGGGAGGGCGGAGGAGCCGAUGUCGAUGUCUCAGUGUGUAGUGCAAAUCUCCGGUGAGGAGGACGACGAGACGUCAGAUGAGAGUGGGAGAGGUAGCAGACAGGAACUGGCCCUUGCUGGAUGCUUACAGCAUGAUCUGCCAUGGGAGGCCUUACCCACAGUCCGAGACGUGACAGGUAGUUGGAUGCACAUGAAUGGACAGGACGUUAGUCUCCUUGCCAUCCUACAUCAGCAUACGCUGGUUAUCUGGUGGACCAGCUCAGACACACAGGAGUGGCAGAUACUGAAGUCUUGGGUCUUGCCUGAGGAGGAGGAGUUCCUUUGUGUCAGGUUUAUGCCUUGCAGUAGACACGACGUGAUGUCAUUGGUGGUUGCUGGUAUCUUUGGUACAUGUGGUGUCAGGAUGUUGAACUAUGAUACUGUGACUGAGGAAAUGCAACAGAUGGAUGUGAACCUGUCCCAUUCCUGUGAGAGUCCAGUGCAGUAUCUACUCUGUGUAACUGACGAGGAGGAAUUUGCUGUUGCUGUCAAAGAUGAUACGAGCAGUGCACUGUUUCUGGUCAAUGCUUGCAUUGAAUCAAGAAAUGUGCAAACAGUGAAAUUAUGGACUGGAAAGGACACAUACCUGACCUCACUGUUACAAGUAGAAGGCACAAAUGGAAUGCUAAUGGCUACAACAGCACACAAUGAUUUAAUGCUUUGGAAUUGUAAGACUGGAGAGCUGAUAAAGGACAUCCCAAUGAAGUCCGUUGACGGCAGGAGUCGUGCUUCAUGCCUGAAAGCAGUAGCAGAAUCAGGGUUGUUAUUCCUCGUCAUAAUCUUCCAUGAUGACGUCGGCGAGCAAGAAGUGCAUUGCAGCCAACCUAUCGGAGCUACCAUAGUGUUCAACCCACUGACGGAUAAGAUGGCAACAUUGGUAGAGUAUCAACCUUCUACUGAACACACACAUGCCCGCCUCGCCGAUGCUGUUAUACACAAGCACAGCUUGCUGGCUAAACUGUCGGAUGGAAGUCUUCACCAAUGGGACAUCUUCUCAGGUAACCUCAUGAAUUAUUCAUCACUUCAACCAGCCAAUCACAGUCUGAGGAGCGCCCAUCUCUGCAGGUCUGAGGUAGUGUUGCUAGGCACUGACCAGUGCCAGCAGGUAUACGAUGCAUACUGAGGCAACCUCAUGAAUAAUUCUCUCAUCCAACCAAUCACAAUCUGUGGUUUCCCAAACUCAAAUCUGCAUUCCAGUAUCAGUCGAUUUUUUAUGAAUCACUGAUGUAGUCAUGAAUUAUUCAGUAGUUUAUUCACCAAUCAGACGUCUGAAAAAUGCUCGUCCAUGUUUAAAUGGUUGAAAGAAGUGCCUUGUGCUGUGAUAAUCGUCCAGUAUUAUUGUUGCUUUGAUGAGAAUGUUGUUCUUAUAAAGUGUUAUUAUGGUAAGAAACUAUUAACAAAGUCUUCAAUAGAAUACCAUGGUACAGUGGUUACGGUGUUUAACUCAUGUACAAUGGUGCCUGGGUUCGAACCCUGCUAGGAAAAUGGUGAUUGUGCCCUUGGGCAAGACACUUAACUACAA